AUGGCUAGAUUACUUAAGAUGCAGAUACAGGGAAUCCGAAGCUUUGGUCCGAACGACAGUGAUCAGCAGAUGAUUACGUUUCAAUCACCUGUGACGCUGAUAUUAGGGCAGAACGGAUGUGGUAAGACGACGACAAUUGAAGCCCUGAAGUAUGCAGCUACAGGUGAGGUGCCAGCAGGAACUAAACAAGGGCAGUCGUUUGUUCAUGACCCGAAGAUGGCUCGUCAGCCAGAGACAAGGGGCCAAAUAAAAUUGUUGAUGGCUGAUCGCAAAGGCGAAGAAGUUGUCAUCACACGUACGUUACAAACAACACAGAAGGCAAAAAAUUUGCAAUUGAAAACACUGGAUCCAGUAAUUCAUAGGAAGAAGUCUAGUGGUGAAGUUGUACAGGUUGGUGGACGGUGCAUUGAUGUAAAUUUAGAAAUGUCUCAUGUUUUUGGUGUAUCAAAAGCUGUUCUGAGCAAUGUUAUAUUUUGCCAUCAAGAAGAUUCUAACUGGCCAAUGGAUGAGGGAAAGAAACUCAAGGAGAAGUUUGAUUCCAUAUUCGAUGCAACAAAACUUAAUAAAUGUUUGGAACACAUCAGAGAUCUUAGGAAAGCAGUAAAUACAGAAAUCAGCACUGAUGAGAAACUUCUGAAAUCACAACAAGAGAUAAAAGAUGAGACUGUUUCAAAAAAGAAGGAUUUACAAGAGGCAGAGAGUCGUCUGGCAGUAACUCAGGACAAAAUAGAUAACUUGAGCGAUAAACUAUCACCUUUGCUAGAAAAACUAGAUGAAAUUUGUGAUGUGGAAAAGGAUUUCCUUCAGCUCACCAGGGAGAAAGAAAGAGCUGAAGACAAGAUGAAAAUACUAGAAUCGCAACAAUCAGAUUUAAAGAAGAAUAUUAAGGAAGUGCUUGAGUGGAAAACUUUAGAAGAAAUAACUGAUUUAAUCAACAGUUUUAAAACUGAAGCAAGGAACUGGCAGGAGCACUUGAAAUCUAUGGAGAUUGAACUUCAGCAGAUAUCUAGGGAUGAGGAGCGAGUAUUGGAAGAAACAAGCCAAGAGCAGAUGACUCUUGGAAAACUUCAGAAAGAGGAAGAAGAUCAUAAUACUCGAAUAGAUGCACGCAAUAAGAAUCUACAGAGAUUGGCAGAAACAUUUCAAAUAAGAGUAAAAGAAGAUACAUUUUCUUCAGAAGUUCUUGUCUCAAAUUUAAUGCAUCAAGUCGACGAUAAAAUAAGAGAGUCAAAGGUACAGUUUGAGCAGUUACGGAACAGGUUUCAAAGAGAAGAGCAGGAACUCCAAAGUAAAAUAGACAUUGCUAGAGACACUAAAGCAAAGCUAGAGCAGGAAAUCACCUCAAAAAAACGACAAGCAGAAGAUAAUAAAGCUGAAGAAUGGAGUGUCAAAACAGAAAUUGAAGAUAUAGAGAAAUCUGGUGAAGAACUUGUCAAAUUAGGAAGAGAACUGGAGCAAGCAAAAACUAACUGGGAAACUGCUUGUCAAGAACUUGAUGAAGAACAGCUGAAAAAAGAAAUUAGAGAUCAGCACCAAGAGAGCAACAGGCUGGAUGAUAAGCUAGUUAUUGUGGAUAAAGAAGUUCAGACAUUGCAGCUGUUGAGUAGUGAGCAGGCACAGCUUGAUAUCCAGAACAAACUGAAGGCAUCUAAGGAGUCCGAACUCAAAAAACUAAAGAACAAACACAAUGAAGCACUGCGCCACCUUUUGUUUACAGUGCCACAACAAAAUUUGAAACAUGACUUGGAUGCUUGCAUGCUUCAACUGACUCGUCAGAUCAACAACAUCAAUGAGAAGAUAAAUAGUAAGCAGAAUGAGGCGGCUGCACUUGAAGUGAAACGAGCCCAUCACAAGGAGCAGUUGGAUUUGAAAGAAAGAGAGCUGCGAAAAUUUGAAGAAGAAAUAUAUGAUUUGUGUGGCAGGCAAGAUUUUGAUGAGUACAUACAAAGUGUUUCUGAUAGAAUACAAGAACUGCAGGACCAAAAAGGAACGCUCAGUGCUUCGGAAUACAUGUUCCGUCGCUACAUUCAGAAACUGGAACAGGAAGAUCCUUGCUGUCCAUUGUGUCAUAGGGAGUUUGAAGCCGCUUCUGAAGCUGCUGAACUUGCAUAUGAACUGAGUAAUAAAGUCAGUGAAGUCCCAGCACGCCUUCAGGACAAUAAGAAAGAACUAGAAAAUAAGCUAAAGGAAUAUGAUAAACUUUUGCAAAUGAAACCUGCUUAUGAAAGAACUGAUAUCAUGCGCACCAAGGAGAUACCAGAAAUGAAAGAGUCACUUCAUCAAACAGAAGAGGCUUUAGAUGCAGCUCGGAAACAGAUUAAAGAUUUGAAGGAGCAGUUACUGGGUCCAAAAGCAAAGGAGCAGAUGGCAAAGGAUAUCCAAGGAGAU